GUGUGUGCAUCGGCGCAUCGCUGUGUGUGUGAAUGUGUGUGUGACUCCAGCGCUCUCUCUGCGUACGACAGGUGGAGAUGACAUGACUGCGCUCGAGAGGAAGAAAGGGAAGGACCUACGCGGUCAGCAAGUGUUUCUGCGUCCUGAGGAAAGUUCAGCUCCAGUCCUGACCACCAGACAGUCCACCACGUUGUCCGAACAACUCCAGGAUGCUUUGCUGCGGCUGGCGGCGGUUGUGGACGCGCGCUCGCUGCGAGCGGCCCUUCGAGACAGCAUACAGGAGUUGCUACCCAGCACGGAGUGUGUAUGUAUCUACAUGCUGGAGGGACACUCGAGGCUGCUGUCUGACGACCCGCCGCAUGAACUGCCACAGGAGGGAAAGACCAGGAGCAUCGUGGACCAGCUGAAGCGAUGUCAGUGUGCUGGCCUUCCUUUGUCCGAACUGCCAGAGAAGUACAGAAUCUGCCUCGCAGCACCGUUACCGGCCCACAGAAGAGCUGUCAUCAUUCCUCUCUUGGACCAGGAGCGGGACAAGGCCAUCGCUGUCUUACUAGUGGGCUGUAAUCCACUAUCUGAACAGGAUGAAGUGCAUCUUAAUGUCCUGGAAAAACAUGCCUCAGUGGCGUGUGUGCGAGUCCAGGCUGUUCAGGCGUCCUACCAGAGGCCUCCUCUCAGCCCCUCUCCCAUACAGUCCCACAAUGCACUGCUGCACCUCAACGUCUCGGACCAGGACUACUGCGAACUCGACCGUAACAUCUUGCAGCUUUGUGGUGAGCUCUUUGACCUUGAUGCAGCCUCUCUCCAGCUCAAAGUCAUCAAUUAUUUGCAGCAGCAGACACAGUCGCAGUGCUGUUGUUUACUACUGGUGUCUGAGGACAACCACCAGCUCUUCUGCCAGGUAGUUGGAGACAAAGUCCUGGAGGAGGAGAUCAGCUUCCCGCUGAUGUUUGGACGCUUUGGGCAGGUUGUUGAAAAGAAGAAGUCGAUCACUCUUCAGGACAUCAGUGCCGAGGAGCGUCGGCAGCUGUCCAGCAUGUUGGGCUGUGAGAUCUCCUCCAUGCUCUGUGUACCAGUGGCCAGCAGGGCCACCGGUCAGGUGGUGGCGUUGGCGUGUGCCUUCAACAAGCAGGGUGGGCAGAGACACACAGAGGCGGAUGAGCAUGCAAUCCAGCACUGUUUCUGCUACACUUCAACGGUCCUCACUUCAACUUUGGCCUUCCAGAAAGAACAGAAACUCAAAGUGGAGUGCCAGGCACUCUUACAAGUGGCCAAGAAUCUCUUCACACACUUGGAUGAUGUGUCAGUGCUGUUACAGGAAAUUAUAGUGGAGGCCAGGAACCUCAGUGAUGCAGAGAUCUGUUCAGUGUUCCUGCUGGAUCGAGUCAGUCAUGAGUUGGUGGCGAAGGUGUUUGACGGGGGCGUGGUUAGUGACGAGGAGAAGGAGUUUCGUAUUCCAGCAGAUCAGGGUAUUGCCGGUCACGUGGCGACCACCGGCCAGAUCUUGAACAUUAAGGAUGCCUACUCCCAUCCGCUCUUCUACCGCGGCGUGGACGACAGCACCGGCUUUAGGACCCGCAACAUCCUCUGCUUCCCCAUCAAAGACGAGAACAACGAGGUGAUCGGGGUGGCCGAGUUGGUGAAUAAAAUGAAUGGGCCGUGGUUCAACCGCUUUGACGAGGACCUGGCCACAGCUUUCUCCAUCUACUGUGGUAUCAGCAUCGCCCACUCUCUGCUCUACAAGAAAGUCCAUGAAGCUCAGUUCAGGUCCCACCUGGCCAAUGAAAUGAUGAUGUACCACAUGAAGGUUUCAGAGGAAGAGGUGUCUAAGCUGCUGGUGACGGGGAUCGAACCGGUGAAGGAGAUCCACCCCUUCUAUGCUGAGUUCACAUACACGCCUCGCUCCCUGCCUGAUGACACCACGCCCCUGUGUAUCCUCAGCAUGUUUGAAGACAUGGGUUUCAUCAACACGUACAAGAUUGACCUGCACACUCUCGCCAGGUUCUGCCUGAUGGUGAAGAAAGGCUACAGGGACCCUCCCUAUCACAACUGGAUGCACGCCUUCUCUGUCUCACACUUCUGCUACCUGCUCUACAAAAACCUAGGGCUGUCCAACUACCUCGAGGAUAUAGAGAUCCUUGCUCUCUUUGUCUCCUGUAUGUGCCAUGACCUGGACCACCGUGGCACCAACAAUUCUUUCCAAGUCGCUUCAAAAUCUGUGCUGGCUGCUCUCUACAGCUCAGAGGGAUCUGUGAUGGAGAGACAUCACUUUGCCCAGGCUAUCGCCAUUCUGAACACUUUUGGCUGCAAUAUCUUUGAGAAGUUCUCCAGGAAGGACUACCAGCGUGUGCUGGAUUUGAUUAGAGACAUCAUUCUGGCUACUGACCUGGCUCACCACCUUCGCAUUUUCAAGGACCUGCAGAAGAUGGCUGAUGACGGAUACAAUCCAAAAAGCCGUACCCACCGCUCCAUGCUGCUGUGCCUGCUGAUGACAUCGUGUGACCUGUCAGACCAAACCAAGGGCUGGAAAACUACACGCAAGAUUGCUGAGCUGAUUUAUAAAGAGUUCUUCUCUCAAGGAGAUCUGGAAAAAGCCAUGGGGAACAGGCCCAGUGAGAUGAUGGACAGAGAGAAAGCGUACAUCCCAGAACUACAGAUAAGCUUCAUGGAACAUAUCGCCAUGCCCAUUUACAAGCUGCUAUCUGAACUGUUUCCUGGGGCCACUGAGCUGUACGAGAGAGUGGCGGCAAAUCGGGAGCAGUGGACCAAAGUGUCCCACAAGUUCACCAUCCGUGGGUUGCCUAGCAACAACAGCCUAGACUUCCUGGACCAGGAAUACGAGCUGCUGCAGUCCCAGGGUGCUUUCGGAAGCGACGACCACUGCCUCAACGGCUGCCUCGACGAUGCAGAAGGAGGGAGGGGUCAGUGACACCAUCGGGCCGCUGGCGGGCGCUUGAAGUUUUCUGUGGUCCAAUAAGAGGCUGAAGAUACCUUAUUAGGGACCCUAAGAGGGAGGGAUCUCUCUGUUGUCAAUCACUUAGAUGCUUAGCAGGCCAUGCAGAAUGGACAGGACAAAGUUUCAGACUAACUGAAUCAGACGAGCGAUUUGAAACGAGUGGAUCCAUCUGAGCCGGUUCAGUGAUUAGAUGCUACAUGUUGCUUGUGUCUCCUGUUCAGGAAGGCAGAAGGUGGUGACUUUAUCUUUUUCAGCAGCUAUACUGGAAAAAUAAGUUUUUAGCGCAAGUCACAAGUUCAUUCAUACAGUACUGAUCCUGAUUACGAUUGUAAAAACACACACACACUGACACACAAAUGUACAUGCACAUACUGUUUGGACACACAGCAGAGUAAAAAAAAAACAACAACACUUCAUUCUUAUGGAAAAAGACUACUUCAACAUGUAACAGUGAGAUAAAGUGCUAUACUUUCUGUAAAAUGUUUCAUAAUAGCUUAUAUUGAUUUAAAUGGCUCAGCUGUGUUCACACACAAGCAGCUGCCAUCGUCCCUCACCUGAUGCUUAUGAAUGCAUGCUGUAUGGACACCUCAUGUAUUAUUCCUUUUAUCUUCAUUGUUGAUUUCUCCAUGGCUAGGAAAUUUAAUGCAGUCCAUUUUUAUACCAUCAGAACAGAUUUUUAUAUUCAGCCUCCUCACAGUAUAUUUAAUUAAUUCAUUAUGUCCAUGAAGUUGUACGGUGGAGAUUUAGUCAAUUUACUUACACAGCAUUAUAACCCUCAUGUGUUUUCAUCCACUUUACCUCAUUUCUGGAGGUGUUUAAGGGACAAUUUGACAAUCACUGAUCCACGACAAAGUCACUGAUCCCUGGCCACAACACCCCACACCGUGCAUAAAACAUUAUAAACACACCGCCUGCCCAUAUUAACUGCAUGUCACUGCAUCAAGUUUGCAUCAGCACCUCAGACAAAAGCCGCUCAUGACCUUCAAUGCACCCUCAGUUUUUUUUUCUUCCUAGCACGUUCAUCACUUCCUUUUACUUUUAAGUUCAGUGAUUUCCUAAUAAGAGACCUUAGAUAGAGAGCAACCGAAGCCCUUUAAAAGAUCCAUCUCAUCUGUUAGUGUAAAUGUGCCAGAGUAGAGCAUGUUAUAUGGAGUGUGUCAUUGAGUGUGUCAUAUGGAUCUGCCUUAUUGCGCAUCUUUGCUGCCUUUCUUAGAGCUUUUAAUAUAAUAUGAAAAUUGAAAUAAAUAGUCUGUUUAGUAUGUAUGUUGUACAUUUGUUAUAGACAUAGUUUGAGUAUCAGUGUGUUGACUGAAUGAUCACAAUGCUCAGAAGAUGUAUAUUUGUGAAAUACCUGUGUGGAGACCUGAGAUCUCAUGUCAUUUGACUUCUUUCUAUUUUAAUUUAUGUAUACAACCACCAGUGGUUAUUAGGCAGACACAACAGCAUUUGUUUUCAGUUCUUGGUGCACUCAGAAAUUAUUUCAAAGAAGGAACUAGAGAUGUAGCCUCACAGAAAAGACUCUUUCCUGAAAGCAUCAACAGUUCACUAUUGCUACAUCCCAAAGGAAAUGUCUGAAAAAUUAGAGUUAAAUUCUCAGAUUGUGCCUCAUGUAUUUUUUUUUAAUCUAAAAAAACAACAACAAACAAAUGUUUUUUGUGGUUAUGGGGUUUUGUGUUACAAUAUGCCAUAUUCAGUUUUACUUACGAUGUUUGAAAUGCUGCAGCUUUAGAUUAAAACAACCACAGAAUGGUUAUACAAAGAGAAACGUCUGUAAUGUUCUCCACUGUACUGUAUGUAGGCCGUGUGUGGAGGCGUGAGAGCGAGUGGACGGAGGGGUGGGUGUGUAGAUGAGAUGCAGAAAGAGAGAGAGAGAAUGAGAGAGGAAAGAGUGGAUGUAAUCUAGAAUGUCUUCAAUGAUGUCCGCUUUUAUACAGCCCUGAUAAUGCUAGUGAAGGUAGAUGAAAGCAAAAAUACUGCAAUCAUAGGAUUUAAAUACAUAAUUUUCCCUCAAAAGGCUCUCAGGGGGGCGCUUUAGGGAGGAAGGUUAAUUGCUAAGCAAAGUGGUUUGAUGUAUGUGUUGUACCUACAUUGGUAUAUGCAUCAGCGUGAUUGGAUGAAAUCUGCCUUGGUCUGCUCCACGGACAUGAAUUUCUUAAAGGGCAUACAAGUGUUUGUAGAAGAGCCACUCUCUCCCUCUCUGUCUCCAGCUCUUUCCCUCACACGUGGGCUUUCCCAUUUCUGUUAUUUCUGAACCACUGUUUCGUACGUACCUGCCUUUCUCAUGUGCAAUAUGAAGUGUCUGCCUCUGUGAUGUUGCAUAGAUUCCUAUGUAAAUACCUAGGCCUCUUGUUAAAUUAUUACUUCGGUUCUGAGUUCCCAAAGGCAUUUAAGUGUUCAAACAUUAGGUUUCCAUUGAAAAAAAAAUGAAAUGCCUGUGACAAUUUAAAUCCUAAAAUGCUUUUGAGAGUCCAGACCUAAGGCCGUUUUCUAUACUGAGUGUGUAUCUGUCCCUUUAUGUUUGUUAUAGAGAGUCAGGGCUAAAUGUGCCAAGCAAACAUUGUCAACUCACUGGCCAGGCUGCAAAGUGAAAAACAGGCAUACCUACAAUUAUUCUUUGUCUCCAGUGUUGGAGUGAAGUGGAGGGCUGUGUUCACAUGAGACUUUUCUGGUACACCAGGAGCAGGUCUGAAAUCACGGCUCAUCCAGGAAGUAUGAACCCAAUCUAUUUCCCGUCAUCACAGAACAGCAGGACUCUAACCGGUGAUGUAAUGUCAUUGUAAUAAUCACCUGUGACAUAAUUGUUAAAAGUGGCAAAAAUAUAAUUGCUGUAAAUAUCAAAGUUUUAAGAGAAAAUGUUACUUGAUUGUCUGUCAUUAUUACAAUGGGAAGUAUUUCAUUUCUGUAAUGUAUUUAAAGUGGUUGCAUCCUGUUCUCUUUUUUAUGCCAUUUUUGAACAACCCCAAACUUAGACUUUUAGACGGAGGGGAUGAAAGAAAACUAUAUGUGUAUUUAGGAUAUACAUAUGAUAAUCUACCACAAAUGAGAAUCCAAACUAAUCUGAAAUGUAUACAUGAUACUUAUACAGAGGACUAAAUCCAGUCAUCUGUUAAUUAUUUGCUUUGUUGAGUUCUGAGUGCUGGUGGUCCUGUUCUUCUUCAGAUGUAAUCAACAAGGACAUUUUGACAAGAC